AUGGCUCGGUGUUUCCUGAUGGCCUUGGUCCUUGCAGUUGGCGCCGAUGCCCGCCACUGCCUCUACGACAACAUGGGAUCACUGCAAAGCUGUGGGCGUGGUUGCUUCAGCCGACCUAGUGCGACACAGGCCUUUUGCGUGUCUGGCUGUUUGUCCGGCAAAGGUGUGAGCGGGGGCUGCUCGCGGUGCUUGGGCAACGGCUUCACAUGUGCCCUGCGCUCAUGCCGCUCGUCUUGCUCGGCAGGCCUCUCAAACUCCCGCUGCACAAGUUGCAUUGCCUCGAGCUGUGGGCUCUGCGCCGGCGCCACGAAAUCGGCAGCGAACGAGACGGAGGCCAUCGAGUCCAUGGCUGAGGUGCUGGUUGCCGUGCAGUCAGAGGAGUCCUCCAAGAACCUGGGCAAGCCUGAGGAGGAGGCAAAGCAGACCGAGAAGACCGAGGAGGCUGAGGCGACGCUCAAGGUGCAGAGCGCGGGCUGCUACGAAAACCAGGGACUUCUGAAGACCUGCGGCACUAAGUGCUUCUCUGACCCUGCGCGGGGACGCUGUGCCACCCGAUGCUUGAAAUCCCGAGGCAUGAGCUCAGGCUGCGCGGAGUGCUUCGGUCACAAAGUGGACUGCACCAUCAAGAACUGCUUGAGCAACUGCAUGUCCAACAGCUAUUCUCCAGCCUGCACGUCUUGCGUCAGGUCCAAGUGCGGCCGCUGCAACGCAGAGAAGUCUGCCGCCUCUGAUGAGUUCCUUGCUGAGAUUGCAACUGCGGCUGUUGGCCAGGGUGAGGAGGCAGAGGUCUAUCCCUGA